UGGACCCUUUCUAGGGAGGACUUGGCAGUGACAAAAACUUAUGCUGGUGAGUUGCACAGGGAGCUCUUGAAGUUGAAACUUCAUUGUCAAGAGUCAAGACUCAUCAUCGCUCUGUUGCGCAAUGCAUGAACUGGACGAAGGAAGGUGCUGACUCGAAAGCUCGCUAGGAAAACUGCAGCGACUUUGCGACGAAGAAAGUCGUAAGCACAAGGUGACGAAUUGACAACAUACAACCAGUCCUGUGUUCCUCCUCGGAGAGUCGCCGCAUCAUCUGUGCUUGACGAAGUUCCUGAAUCAAAGAUUGAUUGCUCAAUCGUCAUUAGGGUCCAGAAGGUUCAAGACCUUGGUAGCGGUGUAUAUUGUGUUUUUGAAUCUGUGCUGCUUGAGAUCCUCGCUUCGCCACUCUUAGUGCAGCCCAGUUUUGUCCCCCCAGAUGCCGCGGCCCCCGUGCCGCCCCCUCCCUUUAGCCAUGGGACCCUAGGCGCCCGAAAAGCUGGAGCCUGCCGAGGACUCGUACAGUGACUUUCUGUUUGAGGAGUCAGGGAGGAUGCCCUACUCGCUCAACCUCCAGAGGCCGCCCGAGAAGGUCCGUGCGGGAUGGGAGGGCGACGACUCCCUCGACCCCGGCACGCCGCGCCGGCGCUUCUCGCUCUCCACACCCGAGCACUUCCGCACCACAAUGCACCGCGGGGCGUCCUUUUCUGGCGACGACACUCUGCGCGUGCUCAGCCAGCAAGCCGGCGGCGCGGCGCCCUCCCCGGGGCGGGGUAAGGACAUGAACCUCACGCCGUCCUUCUCGUCGUCGCGUGUGGAGCGGCUGCUGCGCGAGCGGCAAUUGCGGCGCAGCGGCAGCGCAUUCCAGCUGGGGGACGAGUCGGUGGAGUCUGACUUUGGGCUGACGAGCCGGCAGGGCAGCUUUGACGGCAGCGUGACCAGCAUCUCGGAGAAGCAGGCAUCGCCAGUGCUGCCCGCGCAGCGCCUCAUGGUCGUGGCGAACCGGCUGCCAGUGUCCGCCACACGUCGGCCCGAUGGGUCGUGGCAGCUGGACCUCAGCGCAGGGGGGCUCGUGAGUGCGCUGCUGGGUGUGAAGCAGAACUUCGAGACGCGGUGGAUUGGGUGGCCUGGGCUGUAUGUUCCGGAUGAAGCGGGCCGCAAGAGCCUGCAGAAAGCGCUUGCCGACAAGGGGUGCGUCCCUGUGUUCCUGGACGAGAACACGGUGGACCAAUACUACAACGGCUACUGCAACAACGUGCUGUGGCCGCUCUUCCACUACAUCGGCCUGCCCACGGAGGACCGGCUCGCCGCCACGCGCAGCCUGCAGAGCCAGUGGGCCGCCUAUAAGCGCGCCAACGAACAGUUUGCUGACACAGUUCUCUCCCAGUAUCAGGAGGGCGACGUGGUGUGGUGCCACGACUACCACCUGAUGCUGCUGCCCAGCUACCUCAAGAACCACCACACCCAGAUGAAAGUCGGCUGGUUCCUGCACACUCCGUUCCCCUCAUCCGAAAUCUACCGCACGCUGCCCCUCCGGUCCGAGAUCCUCCGGGGCGUCCUGGCCGCGGACCUUAUCGGUUUCCACACGUACGACUAUGCGCGUCACUUCGUAAGCGCGUGUACGCGCAUCCUGGGGCUGGAGGGCACGCCAGACGGGGUGGAAGACAGCGGGAGCGUUACUCGGGUGGCUGCGUUCCCAAUCGGGAUCGACCCCGACCGCUUCACGCAGGCGCUCGAAACGGACGUGGUCAAGACGCACAUUGCCGAGCUGAAGGCGCGCUUUGCUGGGCGAAAGGUGAUGCUUGGUGUGGAUCGACUGGACAUGAUCAAAGGGAUUCCCCAGAAGCUGCUCGCCUUCGAGAAGUUCUUGGAGGAGAAUCCCGACUGGAUCAACAAGGUGCUGCUGGUGCAGAUCGCGGUGCCGUCGCGCACGGACGUGCCCGAGUACCAGAAGCUGACGAGCCUGGUGCACGAGAUCGUGGGGCGCAUCAACGGCCGCUUCGGCACGCUGACCACGGUGCCCAUCCACCACCUGGACCGCUCCCUCGCCUUCCACGAGCUCUGCGCGCUCUAUGCCAUCACCGACGUCGCGCUCGUCACCUCUCUCCGCGACGGCAUGAACCUCGUCUCCUACGAGUACGUCGCCUGCCAGAACGAGCGCAAGGGCGUGCUCAUCCUGUCCGAGUUUGCGGGCGCCGCGCAGUCGCUCGGCGCGGGCGCCAUCCUGGUGAACCCGUGGAAUGUGUCCGACGUCGCGGCGAGCAUCGAGGACGCGCUGACCAUGUCCGAGGCGGAGCGCGCGGAGCGGCACAAGCACAACUUUCAGCAUGUGACGGUGCACACCGCGCAGGCGUGGGCGGACACUUUCGUCAGCGAGCUGAACGACACGCUCGUCGAGGCGGAGCUGCGCACGCUCAAGAUCCCGCCGCUGCUCUCGCCCAUGCGCGCCACCGAGGCCUUCCGGGCCUCGCAGAACCGGCUCAUCGUGCUGGGCUGGACGUCGACCCUGACCGCUUCCACAGAGGCCCCCCGGCGGCGGCACCCCGACCAGAUCAAGGAGAUGAAGGUGCGGCUGCACCCGACGGCGCGCGAGUGCCUGCGCGUCCUCUGCGCGGACCCGCACACCACCGUCGUCGUGCUCAGCGGCAGCGACAGGCAGGCGCUCGACGAGGCGUUUGGCGACGAGCUGGACAUUUGGCUGGCGGCAGAGAACGGGAUGUUCCUGCGGCACUCGUCUACGAAGCGCGACUGGAUCAACGUCAUGCCGGAGCACAUGAACAUGGACUGGAUGGAGAGCGUGCAGAUGGUGUUCGACUACUUCUGCGAGCGUACUCCGCGGUCGUACGUGGAGACCCGGGAGACGUCUCUGGUGUGGAACUACAAGUUUGCAGACGUGGAGUUCGGGCGCGUCCAGGCGCGCGACAUGCUGCAGCACCUGUGGACGGGCCCCAUUUCCAACGCGGCGGUGGACGUGGUGCAGGGCAGCAAGAGCGUGGAGGUGCGCCCCGUCGGCGUCUCCAAGGGCGCCGCCAUCGAGCGCAUCGUCACCGAGAUCGCCAACAAGAAGCCGCUGCCCACGCCCGUCGACUUCGUGCUCUGCAUCGGCCACUUCCUCUCCAAGGACGAGGAGAUCUACACCUUCUUCGAGCCAGACGAGCCCGAGCCCGCCCCGGACCCUCCCCCCGAGGCAUCCACCUCCGACGCCGCGCACGCCGACCCCUCCUUCCACCGCCCCCCCCCCUCCGCCGCCAUGCCGAUCACCGAACCGCCCCCCCCCGCGCACGGCCCCCCGUAUUCACACCACCUGCAGCACAAGUCGCGGCGAAAAACGAGCGGCGAGAAGAGCCGGCGCGGGGACAAGGGCAAGGGCCACCCGGGCAGCGCGCUCACGCGCUUCCCGAGCAGCCCCGACCGCACCAACGGCGACGGCGGCGCCGUGGGGAGCCCCGGGCAGGCGGCCGCGGUGCGCCGGCGGUGGUCCUGGGACGGCGAGCUGGACCACGCGCUGCUGGACCUCAAGGACGACCACUACUUCUCGUGCGCGGUCGGCCGGAAACGGUCAGUGGCGCGGUACAGCCUGCCCAACUCGGACGAGGUGGCAGGGCUGCUGCGCGUGCUGGUGGAAACGCUGGACCCGGGGCACCACUUUGAGGUGUACGAGGAGCUGAGGCGGGUAGAAAGCAUGGAGCGCAUCAUGUCUUCCGAUCAACUGUCGCGCAUGGACAACCUGCACAUCCGCGAGCCCAUCCCUGAAGUAGCCCACGCAUGACCGACCGAGUUCAAAGAGCUCAGAGUGACGGUUUCAAUCAGCUUAGGGCGUAGCGGAUAGCAGCAUGCAUGCAUUCAUCUUCGGCAAUCGAUAUUGCCAACCAAUUUAGGCGAGUCCGGGAUCAUGGAAAGCUUGAGAAGUUAACGGGGUGCAGUCCUUGUUUGGAAUGGUCACCAUCGGAGCCGUGUGGGCUAUCGACCUCAAGAGCCAAUUACACGCCCAGGGGUGAACAAAAAGGAGCUCACAUCCGAAUGUCAUCGGUUGUGUAAAGGUUGGCUGCAGCUUGCCGGCCGCGGAUUCUGCUUACAGAGAACGUUUGGGCCUUGAUAGGUCCUGAACAGCAGUACUUGUGAGAACAUGCUUGAAAGAUAAUUAGCAGAUUCUCAGUGAUCGAAUCUGGUGUCAGUUUGUACAAGUCAUUAUUUCAAUCAACGCCGGGCCAACGGAUCGGGCGCGGCAAUGAUAUGAGCGCCCAUUGUCACUAGCUAACUAGGC